AUGAGCAAUUAUCGCGUUGUUUGUUCGAUCCUCACCGUAUUCCUGAUCUUGAACUCCUCGGGAUGUUGCAAAGGAGAAAAACAGCUGCGCGGCUGGCUGCCGGAGUUUUGUGUGUUUGGGGAACAUCAGUGUCCGAAUUCGCGAGUUUCUUUCUGGCUCUACACAAACCAAACUCGUGAUAAUCCAGUACAACUGGACCCCAUUAAUCCCCAAGCGGAGCUUUUCCAGCCUCGACUUCCUUUAAAAAUACUCAUACACGGUUUUGUGGGAAACAGGAACUUGACACCCAACUUGGAGGUUCGGGACGUUCUUCUCCAGACUCAGCCGGUGAAUGUGAUCUCAGUGGAUUAUGAGACAUUGGUGAGGUGGCCCUGCUACUUUCCGUGGUCAGUGUCAAAUGCACCCAUUGUCUCUGAGUGCCUGGCCCAGAUGAUCAACAACUUGGUCUCUGCUGGCAUAUACAAACGACAGGAUAUCCAUUUAAUUGGCUUCAGCUUGGGCGCCCAGGUAGCCGGCAUGGUGGCCAACUAUGUCACAGAGCCAUUGGCCAGGAUAACUGGCUUAGAUCCGGCAGGACCUGGUUUCAUGACGCAGUCCUCAUUACAGCAAAAACUGGAUCCCAGUGAUGCGGAUUUCGUGGACAUCAUUCAUACCGAUCCCUUCUUUUUCUCCAUGCUUCCGCCAAUGGGUCAUGCGGACUUUUACCCCAAUCUUGACCAGCUUAACCAGCGAGGAUGCAGCUACAUCAGCAACUGGAGGUUCUUUAACUGCAAUCACUAUAGAGCAGCUAUAUACUAUGGGGAAUCCAUCACCUCAGAGCGGGGCUUCUGGGCCCAACAAUGUGGUGGGUGGCUGGAUUUCUUUUCCCAGCGCUGCAAUCACUACUCAAACAUGCCGAAUACUCAAAUGGGAUACUUCGUUUCCAGGGAUGCCUCGGGCUCCUAUUUUCUUUCAACUCAUGAAGUGGCUCCCUUUGCCAAAGGACCUCUUGUUGACAUUACAGUGGAAGUUGCCGAAAAAUCUGGCCAAAAUGCCGGAGUGGUGGCCGCAGCGGUGGCGGCUGGCCAAAACCAAACCCAGGUUUAUGUGACAGAAUCUUGCCUACAGAAGCCCUACCGCUGUCCCCACCCCAAGAUCCAGUUCUACUUGUACACCCGACGCACCCAGGAGCAGCCCGAGUUCAUCGAUGUCCUGGAUGCGAACGCCCUCUAUUACACGCACUUCAAUCCUCGCCACCCCACCAAGAUCAUCAUACACGGCUUCGGCGGCGGCAGAACUCUCAGUCCCAGUCCGGACCUGCGCGAGGCGUACUUCAGUGUGGGCGAGUACAACAUCAUCAUAGUGGACUACGCUGACGCGGUGAAGGAGCCCUGCCUCAGCCAGAUGGAGUGGGCACCGCGGUUUGGCAGUCUCUGUAUAUCCCAGCUGGUCAAGUACCUGGCACGGCAUCCUCGCGGUGUCCAGCCGGACGACUUACAUUUCAUCGGCUACAGUGUGGGCGCUCAUAUUGCUGGCCUGGUGGCCAACUAUCUGAAGCCCGAGGAGGGCAAGCUGGGCAGGAUUACUGCCCUUGAUCCUACGAUUUUCUUUUACGCCGGCGCGAACAACUCCAGGGACUUGGACACCACGGACGCCCAUUUCGUGGAUGUCCUGCAUACAGGAGCCGGAAUACUGGGCCAGUGGCACUCCAGUGGCCAUGCAGAUUUCUACGUCAACGGUGGAACCAGGCAGCCAGCCUGUGUUGGCUCCGCCACACUGUUUCAGACUCUGGCCUGUGAUCACACCAAAGUCACUCCGUAUUUCAUUGAAUCUAUUACCACAACGAGGGGCUUCUAUGCAGGACCUUGCCCCAAUCUCUUCACGUAUCUGAUAGGUUGGUGUGAGCCCAAGGACUCUGAUUACGUGCUAAUGGGCGAACACUGCUCUCACAAGGCUCGCGGAAACUACUAUGUGACCACCAAUGCCAAGGCGCCCUUUGCCCGAGGAUUUCCUGGCAAGGGGCGUUCCAACGGAGAAUACCAGGGAGUCCGAAGAUAAUACUAGGUCGUUUCAUUUCCAUUUUGCACCUGCCUGAAUUUUUUACAUCUUUUCCAUCGUAGCACUCAUGUGAUUUUAGCUUGUUUCCUAAUUAAUUGAUACAUGUAUUUAUUUGAUAUUUUUGUUAUUAGUUCUAACUAUCGCCAUUUUAUGUUGAGAGUUGGGAUCGGAACGAGUCACAAUCUCAAUGCUUUCGGGACUUGUGAAAACAAAAUCUAAUCAUUAAGUUGUAGGCUGAAAAUUGAACGAAUAAAAAACCGAAAUAGGAUUUAAUUUUUAACAUGUUCGUUUUAUUGAAUUCCAAAUACAUUUUAGUUAUAAUUUUGUUGCUGCUUUUCAUGUUCUUUAAAUAUGGGAUUUGUAUAGGCAUUUAGGGGCUCUUGUCCCUUGUAAGUAACAUCAUCAUCCAAAC